AUUCUUGUAAUGUUCUUACUUUAUAUUUCACAACAAAAUAAAAUUAAAAAGUAUAGUUGAAAGAUAAAUAAGUAAAGAGUUGUUCCAUUAUUAGGAUAUAUAUAAUUUACUUCAUUAAUCAGGAUAAUUUUAUUUGAAAAUAUAUCACUUCAUACAAGUUUUUGUAUUUGAGAUCAAAACUUGAAAGCCAAUUUGGGCUAUUACUGUAGUUUCCCCUGUCAUUCCAAUUAUGCUCCGGCCCACGAGCUGGAAAAUAAAACCCUACAAAUUCCUGUUUCUUGCUGGAUUUGAACAAUUGAUGUGAAGUUGAACAACUAAAAAUCGAGGCAUGGCAGAUCGCAAGAAAAAUAUUAUUUCAGCUUUAUGCAAACACAUGUCAAUGCUCUCAUUAGACCUAAAUUCAUAUUCCAAUAAUUUGGAUAAAGACAUCAAAAGCUUGUGUAUAGACAUUUUCUAUUCUUCUCCAAGUGGGCCUUCCAUCACAAAAGAUAGUGAGUUAAUGAAGUGGGUAGAGUUUGCCAGUAACUUCCCUGUUGAUUCUGGGACAAGCUUUAAAGCUCUAAGUGAGUUGAAUGAGGAUUUGAGUAACAAGUCUGUUAUUUUGGACAACGGUUUCAAGAUUUCGGAAGCUGAUGUCGUCGUCUUUGCUGCUGUGCAUUCAUCCGUGAUCAGUUUUUCAAACUCUGAAACAAACAAGUUGCCGCACUUGCUUAGAUGGAUGGACUAUAUCCAGACUAAAUGUGAUGUGGGAGAUACAUUCCAAAAAAUUUUGCUGGAGAAGGUCCAAUUUGGGCCACCUGCAUCAAAAAGUGUGAAGAAGGUAGAAAUGGAGUCAAAUAGCAAAAAGACUGAGCCAGAUGCCAAACAGGCUAGCAGUUCAGAUGUGGACACGAAAAAAAAGAGCACUAGUUCUGUGAAGAAGGCUGCAGUAGAUAAUCAAACUGGAGAAAAGAAGUUGCCUGAAAAGGUAGAUGAGAAAGAUAAAGAUAUCAGUGUUAGUUUGCUUAAAUUACAGAUUGGCCACAUUAAUAAAGCAUGGAAACAUCCAUCAGCUGACAGCUUACUGGUUGAGGAGAUAGAUGUUGGAGAAGCAAAAUGCCGGCAAGUUGUUAGUGGCCUAGCAAAGUUUUGCAGUCCAGCACAGUUGUCUGUAUGCUCUGAUCGUCUUGUGGUGCUUGUGACAAACAUGAAACCAUCAAAACUGCGUGAGGUCACAUCAGAGGGAAUGGUACUAUGUGCUUCUAAUGAAGAUCAUACUGUGGUUGAGCCUCUGAUAGCACCAGCAGGUGCCAAAGUUGGGGAAUGCAUCUCAUUUUUUGGGCAUGACGGGAAACCAGAAGAUGUUCUGAAUCCUAAAAAGAAGCAGUUUGAGAAAAUUGCCGUGAGCCUUUUCACCGAUGACAAAGGAAUUGCCACAUUCAAAGGAAUCCCAUUCAUGACAUCUGCUGGACCGUGCACAUCGUCAAUUCACCGAGCAAGCAUCAAGUGAUUGCACGUGUCAGCAGAAGAGUAACAGACUUAAUUGUAGCUUCUCUUCCUCGUACCCACCUUUGUUGGAAAUGCAUUGUUAAACUUUUGCAAGCAUCACGUGAUUGCACUUGUCAGCAGAAGAAUAACAUACUUAAUUGUAGCUUCUCUUGUUCCCCCACCUUUCUUGGAAAUGCAUUGUUAAACUUUUGCUGCA